AGUUAAAUUCUUUUUUAAGGCAUCUUUAAAGAAAAAAUCCAAACUAAAAUAUUUGUAAAAUUGUUUUGGUAUAAAAUCAUAACAUAAUACCACAUUCGGCACGCGUAGUACAUAAAUUACCACAGCAUGGCACAAAUUCGACCAUUGGCACCCGAAUUGGCUGCGGUGGCCGCUGCCGAACUCAACGAAGUGGAAUCACGUAUUGCCGGUGAUAUUGUCGAACUACGUCAGUGGAUCGAAGAACAACCGUACUUAACAACGCGCACUGAUGACCAAUUCCUUGUGGGCUUCCUGCGUUUCUGCAAAUACAAUAUGGAUGACACAAAGAAACGUAUCGAGUACUAUUACACAUAUAAAUCAACAGCCGGUGAUUUUCUGAAGAGCCGACGCAUUGACGAUAAAGUUUAUGGCAUCUGCCGUGCGGGCAUAUUCGCAACACUUCCGAAGCCGGUGGGUCCGGGCGGUCCACGCAUACACUUCACACGCAUGGGCCAAAUUGAUACUUCACUCUAUACGGCCAAAGAUAUCUUCCGUUUCAUAAUGUUCCGCUCCGAAAUUGAGGCUAACACCGAUGAUAAUUGGAUUAUUAGUGGUGUAUUGGAGAUAAUUGAUUUCUCUAAAAUUCCAUAUGCGUUAUUGCGUCAAUUCGAACCGAAUUUAUUUAAAAAAAUGGCCGCAUUCUUAGAAUACGGCGUGCCAACCAAUCUAGUAGGAACACACAUCGUAAAUGCUUCCAUGGAUGCGCAAAUUAUAUUGAAUUUAGUGCGUCUCGUUAUGAAACAAAAAGAAUUGGUGAGUUCGAGUUGAAAGUGAGCGUGAAAUAGGCUGUAACUAAUGGUGGUAUGGAGCGAGGUAGGAUAGUGUGAUAAGCUUUCAAGCUUGGUGAUAGACAUACCAAUUGGAUGGGGUAAAAGUUGUGGUUGAAGAGAUUUCACAACGCAAAGAGGAGAAAUCUGGCAAGAGGUUUUGAUGCAUUCGAUAAUUUUUCCAAUAGUUUUUCAUGUUAUUGUAAUGAACAAAAAUACUCGGCUUACCGCUUUGUCAUUAGUAGGGUUCGGAAUCUCAUGCACUAAAAAAUCGGAAAAUAUGCGCAUAUAA